GGGAGUGCUGGGUGGGGCCUGGGCCUGUGUACACAACCACACCUACUAGCCAGGGAGCAGACGUGUCUAGUCACUGAGUAGAGACCAGCUAGCGAUCUUCCUCUCCCUGGGAAAAGCGUCUGUGAGGCAAACAGGAUGGCCUGGUGGAAAGCCUGGGUUGAACAGGAGGGCGUCACUGUGAAGGGCAGUUCUCACUUCAACCCAGACCCUGAUGCGGAGACCCUCUACAAAGCCAUGAAGGGGAUUGGGACCAAUGAGCAGGCCAUCAUAGAUGUGCUCACCAAGAGAAGCAAUGUGCAGAGGCAGCAGAUUGCCAAGUCCUUCAAGGCUCAGUUUGGCAAGGACCUCACUGAGACCUUGAAGUCAGAGCUGAGUGGCAAAUUUGAGAGACUCAUCGUGGCCCUCAUGUACCCGCCAUACAGAUACGAGGCCAAGGAGCUCCACGAUGCCAUGAAGGGCUUAGGGACCAAAGAAGGAGUCAUCAUUGAGAUCCUGGCUUCUCGGACCAAGAACCAUCUGAGAGAGAUCAUGAAAGCCUAUGAGGAAGACUACGGGUCUAGCCUGGAAGAAGACAUCCAAGCAGACACAAGUGGCUACCUGGAGCGGAUUCUGGUGUGCCUCCUGCAGGGCAGCAGAGAUGACGUGAGCGGCUUUGUGGACCCAGGACUGGCCCUCCAAGAUGCACAGGAUCUGUAUGCAGCGGGUGAGAAGAUCCAUGGGACCGAUGAGAUGAAAUUCAUCACCAUCCUGUGCACACGCAGUGCCACUCACCUGAUGAGAGUGUUCGAGGAAUAUGAAAAAAUUGCCAACAAGAGCAUUGAGGACAGCAUCAAGAGUGAGACCCAUGGUUCGCUGGAGGAGGCCAUGCUCACUGUGGUGAAAUGCACUCGGAACCUCCACAGCUACUUUGCAGAGAGACUCCACUACGCCAUGAAGGGAGCAGGGACACGUGAUGGGACGCUGAUAAGGAACAUCGUUUCAAGGAGCGAGAUUGAUUUAAACCUUAUCAAGUGUCAGUUCCAGAAGAUGUAUGGCAAGACUCUCAGCAGCAUGAUCAUGGGCGACACCAGUGGUGACUACAAGAAUGCCCUGCUGAACCUUGUGGGCAGUGACCCCUGAAGACAUCCGAAGACCAAGGGCAGGAAGUUGAGCCACAGGGCGGGCAACUUCGGCCCUGACCGUCGGUGGGGUGGGGGUGGGGAAACACCUCGUCCAGCUUUUAGUCUCUGUCCCCCAACUUCCGGUGCUUCUCACCCAGUGCUUCUGACCCAGAAGGUGAGACCAGCCUGGGUUCGUCUUUGCACCUCUCCGCUGAGUCUUUUCUAGGUAUCGCACCAGGCCCACCCUAGCAUUACCUCUGACCAAACAGAAACAUCGGCGUGCAGGAACAAGCAGGAGCUUAGGGGUCACUCCUUCCUCCCAAAAAAGCUCCUGGGCACCGGUUACAUAGAUGUCUUGACUCUGACCCAACUACUGAAUCAGGGUCUUUGGAGAAGGAGCCAACCAACAUGGAUUUCUAGCAGGUGUCUUAGCCCAUGAGCUACAUCAUCAGGCAGCCAGUGGGAGUGUCGGAGGAGAGCCCUGGUAUUUUAGAAAACACAGCCAUGGGAACUGAGAAAGAGCCAUAUCUCUGCCACUUGGGAUGUCUGUAACAUUCACUGAUGGACAAAAAUUCUUACACCGUCCUAAUAACAAUCAUUAGAUUAGACUAUGAACCAGUCUUGACCCGAGUCCACUGUAGCCCAAGAGACUCAGGCUUCUCCAGGCCUUGGCCAGUUCAGCUACUUGUUCCCUCCAUGGUGAAGCCUGCAGAUUAGGAAGACACCCAACCCCGCUUAUGAAUCCUGACCUCCUCCUGUGGUCUCCAAGCCUGAAGAAGCUGAGAGAACUUUUCCUAAUAUUCAUUGAGCUUUCAGAACCAUAAAUAUUUGUACUUUCAAAAA